GAAGCUUAAUCAUGUUGAAAUGGUUAAACUUCGUGAACAACUCGGAAUUCGCGUAGGCGGCUUUCAUCCACCAAAACCUGUCUGCUCUUUUGCACAUUUUGGUUUUGACAAGCAGCUGAUGGAGGCAAUUCGCAAAAGCGAGUAUGAACAUCCAACCCCAAUCCAGGCACAGGCCAUCCCAGCUGCCCUGAGCGGACGCGAUGUGCUUGGCAUAGCAAAGACUGGUAGUGGUAAGACUGCGGCUUACUUGUGGCCUGCUAUUGUGCAUAUCAUGGAUCAACCCGAUCUGGAUGUUGGUGAAGGUCCCAUUGCACUGAUUGUCGUGCCAACAAGAGAGUUGGCCAUUCAGGUCUACCAGGAAGCCAAGCGCUUCUGCAAAAUUUACAACAUAAAUGUUGUUUGUGCUUAUGGAGGUGGAAGCAAAUGGGAGCAAUCGAACGAGCUAAAGAACGAAGGAGCUGAGUUGGUUGUGUGCACCCCUGGUCGUAUUAUCGAUUUGGUGAAAAUUGACGCCACAAAUUUUUUGAGGACGACUUUCCUUGUUUUUGACGAAGCCGAUAGAAUGUUUGACAUGGGCUUUGAGGCUCAAGUGAAAUCCAUUUCCGACCAUAUUCGACCGGACCGUCAGUGUCUUAUGUUCAGUGCCACAUUCAAGCACAAGUGUAAUUAUAUGGUUCUAUUGCUUUUUACUCUUCCAUCUUAUUCACACUUUGUGUCGUCUUCACAAUAUUGGCAGAACGAUUCUUUGGGCGAAUUGUCGUUGUUGGAUUUCGUCGAUCCAUUAAUGGGCAAAGUUCUGAUCUUUGUUACAAAGAAGAUAAAUGCUGAGGAUCUUGCUAAGAAGCUCAGAGCUCGUGAUUUUGAGCUAGUUUUACUCCAUGGAGAUAUGCUACAGCAUGAGCGAAAUGAACAUCUUCAAGCAUUCCGCAAGAAGGUUAACAUCAUGGUAGCUACGGAUGUUGCAGCGCGCGGUUUGGAUAUUCCGGAGAUUCGAACCGUCGUUAACUAUGAUCUCGCUAGGGACAUUGACACACAUGUGCACAGAAUAGGACGAACUGGCAGAGCAGGACAGAAAGGCUGGGCAUACACACUUGUUACUGAGAAAGAUAUGGAAAUGGCUGGACAUUUGGUUCGAAAUCUCGAAAGUGUUAACCAAGAAGUUCCUCAAGCUCUCCUAACUCUUGCCAUGAAGUCUGCUUGGUUCCGUUCACAGCGACAAGGAGGCCAAGGAGGUGGAGCACCCAAAGCAAAAGCUCGACUCGGGCUUGGUUAUAAGCCAAAAACCCGUCCAGCACCGGGCAUUGGAGGUGACUUAGUUAUGUCCCAAUUAGUUCCUAUGUUUGAAUCAAAGCUUAUUGAAGGUUCCCAGCUUGAUCCACUGAAGGAGACGAAGUCACGUGGUACUACAAAUCUUUCUGUUCGUGACACAAUUAGGGCAGCGACGUCUUCGGAUAAUGUUGGUCCAGUUGGAGCAGCUCCUAACAGUCGGCUAAUGGCCAUGAAAAAUGCCUUUAAGCAAUCUUUUGCCGCAACUUUCAAACCAUCCGAGCUUGAGUCGUCCAAGAUAAGGCCACAGGUUGUAUCCGACCCACGCCCCGAAUGGAAAAAGAAGAUCGACGAGAUUAAUGCUCGCAUUAUGGCCCAAAAUCCACAGGCUGCACAGACUCAGCAAACCUCAGCUCCUUCUUCCCAGUUAAACGAUGACAAUGGCUCGUCAGCAAAGAAGAAAAGCAGAUGGCAAUAGAU